AUGGCAGCAACUUAUCUCUAUCUUAUAGUCACUAUUGGUUGUCUGCUAUCAGCUCAAGCUAAAAUAAUCCAUCAUCAGUACUGUAUUAUCGGUAGUGGACCUGGAGGGCUACAGAUGGCUUACUUCUUUAAACGUGCUAACAGAGACUAUACCGUCUUCGAAAGGAGCAACAUAUCAGGUUCCUUUUUUCGCCAAUAUCCAAGACAUCGCCGCUUGCUAUCAAUCAAUAAAAAUAAUACAGGAUCCAAAAAUUCUGAAUUUAAUCUCAGACAUGAUUGGAAUUCAUUACUUAGCGAUAAUAACUCGCUAAUCAUGCCUAACUAUUCUGAUGAAUAUUAUCCACAUGCUGAUGAAAUGAUCCGCUACCUAAACGAUUAUGCUAACGUACUGCAACUCAACAUCCAAUACAACACAGAAAUUAUCCAAAUAAGUCGAGCUUACUAUAAAAAUUCUCUCCGAUUUAAAUUUAUAACAUCCAAACAAUCCAUUUAUAUGUGUGAUGUUGCAAUAAUCAGCACUGGAUUGGCUACACCAAAUAUUCCUUCUAGCAUUACUGGUUUACAUCAUGCGAUGGGCUAUGAGACCAUGUCUACCAAUACUUCCGAAUAUGUAGGCCAAAAUAUUCUUAUAUUAGGUCAAGGCAAUUCAGCAUUUGAAACCGCAGAAUCUUUAUCCAGCGUCUCUAAUAUAUUACAUCUUUACGGAAGGAAUCGAAUUCGUUUGGCAACUUCUACUCACUAUAUAGGAGACAUUAGAGCAAAAAAUACCAAAGUUAUUGAUUCUUACCAGCUGAAAACCCUAGAUGGUCUUCUAGAGGGAGAUAUGAAGAAUGUUGGAUUUUUCAAGAAUAAACGAAAUUUAAUUGUACUGGGAUUAAGAGCAGAACCACAUCUUCCAUUUCUAUAUGAUCUAACAGGUGGUAGUAAAGAGUAUCAUCGAAUCAUUCGUUGUUUAGGAUUUCGAUAUGAUAGGUCAAUAUUCAGUAGGACCGCUAAUCCGAAAUCAGGAGAAAAACAUCUAGAAAGAUACCCAUCACUCUUACCCAACUAUGAAUCCAUAUCCGUGCCAAACAUGUUCUUUGCUGGUGCUUUAACACAUUCUUUGGAUUAUCGACAUUCUGGCGGAUGCUGCAUCCAAGGAUUUCGAUAUACAGCUCGAGCUUUGCAUCGAUUGUUAGAAUGGCGUUAUCAUCAAAUUCCUUGGCCAUCUACAGAUUUUUGGUCAAACCAGAUCACAGAUUAUUUAAUAACGCGAAUAAAUCAAGCUUCGGGAUUAUAUCAAAUGUUUGCAACAUUAGCCGAUGUAAUUUUAAUAAAAAAAAAUGGGCAGCAUCAUUAUCUAGAAGACGUACCGGUUAGAAUUUUGCCAAACUUACGUGAAUAUACCGGUAGGAAAAUUAUUGAUGGAUUUAUCACUCUAACCUUCGAAUAUGGCAAAGGCUUCUCGAAACCAGGAAAGGAUACCUUAGCUAAAGAUAAUUAUAGCCAUUCGGCAAAAAUGGCCCAUAAAAGCCGAAAUAUUCAUCCAGUUAUUCGAUAUUAUAAGCAGUCAAUCGAGGCGACUACACGUAAGGGAAGGCUACCUAAAGCGAAUAAAAUACAUCAUGUUGUAGAAGAUUUUCUAACAGACUGGAGUGUUUAUUCUGAGCAUGGCCAUUACCUGAAAUUAUUUAUCGAGAAUCUUUUCAGAAAAGAUCUCAACCAAUACUACACUAGUUCAUGUUACAAGGUAAAUUUACUCUGUUUAAACUGUUAA